UUCCACAUCACAUUUUUCCUGUGGCUCUGUGGCCUCAGCACAACCACCAAACAAUCCUGAAAGCAACAGAGAACAUGCCACCACCAAAACACCCGAUGGCACACUCGAUCCCCGGCCACGCCCUGACCCGGCUGGCCCGAGAGUGGCUGGCAGAGGACACGCCAAACUUUGACCCGGCGGGAGUGUGCGUGGGGUCGCAAGAAGUGGAGGCAAGGCUGCUGUGUAAAACUCCACACAGCAUCCUGGCGGGAAGCCCCUUCUUCACCGCUGUGUUCACCGAGGUCGGCUGCACCGUCGACUGGAUUCACCAGGAGGGAGCUGAUAUUGGUCCAGAUGCUGUCACCCUGACUGCUGUGGUGAGAGGCCCAGCAAGGUGCCUCCUCCUGGGGGAAAGGCCGGCUCUGAACUGCCUGGCCCGGGCCUCAGGAAUCGCCACACGCUGCUCUCAGCUCCGGGUGACGGCAAAGGCAGCGGGCUGGCAGGGAGAGGUGGCCGGUACUCGUAAAACCACGCCGGGCUUUCGUCUGGUGGAGAAGUAUGCCAUGCUGGUGGGCGGCGCCUCCAUGCACAGACAGGACCUGAGUGGGAUGGUGAUGCUAAAGGACAACCAUGUCUGGGCAUCUGGCAGCAUCACUGAGGCUGUGAAAGCUGCUCGUUCUGUUUGUGGUUUCAGCAGUAAGAUUGAGGUGGAGUGUCGGUCUGCAGACGAGGCCAGAGAGGCAGCAGCAGCCGGAGCUGAUAUCAUCAUGUUGGACAACUUUCAACCUGAGGAGCUCCAUGUUGCAGCUCGAACACUGAAGCAGGAGUUUCCAGCUCUUCUGAUAGAAGCCAGCGGAGGCGUCAGUCCCGAGAACUUGUCCACGUAUUUAUCUCCUCAUGUGGACGUCGUCUCUCUGGGCUGCAUCACUCAGGGCUGCCCGGUGGUGGAUUUCUCUCUCAAGGUUCAGAAGCCUGCUGCUUCAUGAUUAAAUAAAAGUGUUGUGAGGAAGUAUUCUGACCAAGAGAAGAGAGUUUUUAGUGUGUUCAUUUAUUCCAGAGCAACUGUGGUUCCACCAGUCUGCACUUGACUUAUAACCCUCUGAACCACAAGCAGUUUCUGAGGUACUCACUGCAGAUUCACUUCUCACUGUAAAAUAAAGACCUCUAUGGAAACAGAACAACCAGGGCUAGGUGACAGGUCUUCUGAGUACACAAUUAUAAUGUAAUGAAUCAUAAAAGAAAGAAUAAACAAAAGUUGAAUUUC